UAACCUCGAGAAGGCCCAGUCUCUGUGUAGGGGAUCAUCAGCCCCCUCACCACUUGUGCAAGGUCAUGGUCCCUGCACCAAGGGAGCGGGCCUGGGGUGGGAAGAGGCCAGCAGAGCAGUGGUGAGCCGCUGCCAGGGAGGGAGACGGACAAAGGACAGCUGGGGCUCCAGUGCUUGGGCUGGGGGCUAAGUGCCUGUGACCUCCACCAUCCCCCUCCUCCUCCUCUCUAAGGACUGAAUCUGGGGCACAGCAGGGCAGAGACUCAGGUCUGCCUUUCCUCUCCCUGAAAGAGCCUGCACUGGCCCUGGGCAGAGAGCAGGAUGAGAAGUGAGGCUGAGUGAGGUGGGGUUGCAGGGAUCCAGGUGGGAGGAGCCCAGCCAGCCAAGCCCAGGCCCAGCCCCUCAGCAGCAGGACAGGACCAGGGCCCUUGGGCUGCAGGACUUGGCAUUGACCACAAGGGAGGAACUUUUGCAAUAAGGGAAAAGAAGCCGGAUGAAUAAAGGAAGUGCUGGUCACCCUGGAGGCGCAUGGGUUUGGCGGAGGCUCCCAGCCGCCACAGCCCUCUGGGAAGCCUGACCCCAGUUCUCUCCACUCACCUCAACCCCCACGCGGCCCCUCCACAGGGCCCCUCUCCUGCCUGGACGGCUCUGCUGGUCUCCCUGUCCCCUGGAAGAGAGCAAGGCCAUGGGUCGGCCCCUGCUGCUGCCCCUGCUGCUGCUGCCACUAUUCCUGCAGGCUGGUGGCUCCGAAGGAUCCAGUCCACGGUACCCCUAUGGGGUUACUCAACCAAAAUACCUCUCGGCCCCCAUGGGUGGCUCUGUGGAAAUCCCCUUCUCCUUCUAUCACCCCUGGGUGUUAGCCAGACCUCCCAAUGUGAGAAUAUUCUGGAGACGGGACCACUUCCAUGGGAAUGUCUUCUACCGCACAAGGCCGCAUUUCAUUCACAAGAAUUACUUGGACCGGCUCUUCCUGAGCUGGAAGGAGGGUCAGGAGAGCGGCUUCCUCAGGAUCUCGAACCUGCGGAAGGAGGACCAGUCUGUGUAUUUCUGCCGAAUCCAGCUGGACACACAGACAGAUGAUGACAUAAACAAAUCAGAGACGAAGGAGUGGCAGUCCAUUGAGGGAACCAAACUCACCAUCACCCAGGCUGUCAAGACCAUCACCUGGAGACCCAGCAGCACAACCACCACAGCCAGCCUCGGAGUCACAGAGGUCAAAGGGCACUCAAAGUCCUGGCACCUAAGCCUGGAGACUACUGUGUGGGUGGCAGUGGCUGUCACUGCACUUGGAAUCAUGAUUUUGGGACUGAUUUACCUCUUCUGGUGGAGGAGAAGAAAAGGUCAGCAGCAGACUAAAACCACAAACUCAGCCAGGGAACCCUUCCAAAACACAGAGGAACUAUAUGAGAAUAUCAGGAAUGAAGGACAAAGUACAGAUCCCAAGCGUAAUCCCAAGCUCCACCUUACCCAGAGCACCUCCCAGCCACCAUCCCCUCAAGAGCCCACAGAGCGAGAUCCUGUACUCUGUCUUAAAGGCCUAACCAAUGGACAGCCCUCUCAAGACUGAAUGGUGAGGCCAGGCACGGCGAAUGCCUGUAAUCCUAGCUCCUCCAAAGCCUGAGGCAGAAUAGAUUCAGCCCAGGCAUCAGAGCCAGCUUUGACAACAUAGCAAGAUGCCAUCUCUAAUUAAAAAUAUAUAUUAACAAUAAAAUAACAAAUUUUUAAAAA